UGUCUUAAACUAUGAUUUAGAUUGUGAUUGUGGAUGUAGUUGUGAGUGUGAGUGUGUAUACUGUGUCGUCUUGGCCGUUGGCGAUAAUACUGAAAACGUUCGCAACGCCCGGCGUUGUAUUAUUUUUGAUGACCAAAGUGACAUAUCGAUCGUAGAUGAAAAUCCUAUAGAUCUAGCAGUUAAUGGAGAAACGCUUAAUUCUCAGGACUCGGACGUAUGGAUUGCUGGUGAUAAGAAUAUUCAAAUGUCAUGGCAGGGUCAUUUUGCUAACCAAUUUCACAUAGACCACAGCAUAUUACUCUCUAUUGAGCCUGAUAAUGAUGUGUUUAAUGAAGCUUUCGAUUCGGAAGCUUCGCCAGCAGGACGUCCUCUAUCGGCCAUUGAUAAUCGAAAUGGAAUUGUUAAGUUCGAAGUUGGAGUAGGUAAAGACAGAUUUGGCGGAGCAACAUUUGAUUCGUUUCAGCCAGAAUGGAUACAAUUACCAAAUGAUCUGGACGAAAUAUUCGUUCAUCAAUUAGAUAAUGUACAUGACGCCGAUACUUUCGGAUUUUGGGUUCGGGCGACUGAUGUAGUAAGAAACACAAAGACAGAUUUUGUAUCAGUGCACAUCGAUUCAACACCACCUAAAUUUGAAGAUUUUGAAGUUGGUAAUGGGGAUGUUGUAUAUUUUACUGCAUACGACCGAGAAAGUGGAAUCCAGAGCGUUCAUUGGCAGAUGCUUUCUGAGGUAGACAAAACCAUCUUAUCAGAAGGUUACACAGAUGAUUUAAAAUUUACUGGCGAUUGCCUUCCUACAGAAUGUUAUUGCAUACUCGGUAAUAAGUACUGUUACAAAUUACAGUUACAUGUGACACCAACAGUAGAUCAAAGUGUCGAAGAAUCUGUUGCAAUCUUGAGAGUGACCAUAAAAAAUAAUGCUUUACUGAUAAUCACACAAGAAACUGAGGUGCCUCUAGUACGGGAACCCAAAGACGAAAGGGGGUCCAAAACUGGACUAGUAAUUGGCAUAGUGGUAGCUGUUAUUGUGGUUGUGGUCUUAGCUGUGGUUCUUGUAGUAGUACUUAAAAAGCGAAACAACCCUCAAACGCCUCGCGAUGGUACUGGACAUCAAAACCCAUCCUACAGCAAUGACGUGCCAUCUAAUUCUAAUCCAUAUGCCGAUCCACAUCAACCUGAAUACGCGUCCUAUCUGACUCAGUCAGUUACCGGAGAGAAAGAGUCGAAAGGGGCUAAUGGAAAAGGAGAAUAAUUCUGCAAG